CUCUCCUUAGUUCUUGAAGCCAUUGAAACCGAAGCUCAACAAAAUUUCAACCAUGGAAGCUCGCCUUCUGUUCAUCUUCAUCAUCUGUUUGUUCUCAGUCAAUACUUGUUCAUCAUCAUCAUCUGAUUUUGUAGAGAUCAUCCCUAUAAAAGAAGCGGAGAAAGUUCAAGUAACAGUCUACUACGAAUCGCUUUGUCCAUACUGCGAGAAUUUCAUCGUUAAUUAUCUGAUCGAUGUGUUUACUGAAGGAAUCGACGCCAUAGCCGACGUGAAACUCUUUCCUUAUGGUAACGCUAAAGUCAAUGCCAACGGCAACAUCACUUGCCAGCAUGGUGAGCAAGAAUGCGUGUUUAACACAAUAGAAGCAUGUGCAAUCAAUGCUUGGCCCGAUGUGCAUGAUCACUUCCCUUUCGUCUUUUGUGUGGAAAGAUACCUAUACCAUGACAAAGCCGAUCAAUGGGAAUCAUGCUUUCAAGAACUAAGUUUGGAUCCAAAACCAGUGAAGGAUUGCUACAACAGUGGAUACGGAAACCAGCUUGAACUACAAUACGCAGUGGAUACAAACUCUCUUCAACCACCAAAAAAAUACGUCCCAUGGGUCGUUGUGGAUGGACAACCACUUUACGAUGAUUACAUUUACAUUGUAAACAACAUAUGUAGAGCAUACAAAGGCCCGACUUUGCCAAAAGCUUGUCUUAGGUGUCUUGCAUUAUCUGAAAACCGCAUGAUCAGUGCCCCUCAAGAUAAACUCAUCCCUCUUCAUCCAGUUACAUACCCAGAAUCUGCAAAUCCUUUAUUUUCAAAAAUCAGAUCUUCACUCAUGUCCUGGAUUUUCAUGGAAAACAACGCAGUGUAAUUAUUACUAAUUAAAGAAAGACUGCAGGGAGAAAAUAUGUAAAUGCAUAAGGUAUGUUUAUAAGUUAUAAAACUAAAUAGCUUUUGGAAAAUGGAAUUUGCAUUUCAAAACAAAUGAUAUUUGUAGGUUGUUUUCUUUAACGAGUGUAUGCCCCCGUUAGAGUAAUGAAGUGCAAAUAUCGCUUUUUGAAGGGGCAAAUUUGUACUAUGCACUUUAUUUGGUAAGUUUAAUGUACUUUAUGUACUGAAUAUUGUGUACUUUAUGUAGUGGACAAAAACUCUAUUAUGUGUUUUGGAAUU